AUGAGCGAGCUACCACCGCUGGCGCCCAAGCCGCGCGUCAACUUCCAGUCGUUCCGGCCCGAGACGUAUGGCACGGUCGCGCCUCUCUCGGAGCUCUCGGGUCACUCCAACUACACGUACGCGCUGGGCUGGAACGCGGCCGGGAGCCUCCUCGCGUCUGGCAGCACGGACAAGUCGCUGCGCAUCUGGGACCCCGAGACGAACAUGCUCGUGACCGACUGCAUUGGCCACGGCGACUCGGUGAACCAGCUGACGUGGGACCCGACGAGCAACACGCGCGUGGCGUCGACGUCCGGCGACAAGACCGUGCGCAUCUGGGACACGAAAUCGUCCAAGGCUACAGCCAACCUGCCUUUUUCGUCCGAGAUCAUGAACCUCGCAUACAGCCAGGACGGCAAGUACAUUGCUGCGGGCCACAACGAUACGACCAUCUACCUCAUCGACACGCGCAAGAACAAGAUGGUGCGGCGCAUCGUCAACCUCUUUGACGUGAACGAGCUCCAGUUCUCCAAGUCGGGCUUCCUCUUCGUCGCAGCUGGCCAUCCGUCGGGAUACGGGACCUUUGAGGUCAUGAAGAUCGCACAGGACGACAAGGCCGUACCCCCGACGCUAGAGAACGUGACCAAGGUCAUUGCGCACUCGGGCAGCUGCUUUGCGAUGGACCUCGACCCGACCGGCCGGCGACUGGCCCUCGGCGGCGCUGACUCGCUCGUGAGCAUUUGGGACCUCGAGGAAGUCUACUGCGAGCACACGUUCAUUGGGUCGCAGUCGCUCAUCCGCACUGUCUCGUUCUCGCACGACGGCAUGUUCCUCGCCUCGGGCAGCGAAGACCCGUGCAUCCCCAUUCUGCACGUGCCCACAGGCGAGCUCGCCUUCUCGAUCGGCAUGACCGACUCGCCACAGCAGAUCGCAUGGCACCCGGCCAAGCCCGUGCUCGCGUACGUCGGUGACAAGGGCGCGCUCGAAAAGAACAAGGAUCGACUCGGCGCGAUCAAGCUCGUCUCGUUAAAGGCGCCGUAA